UUCUGAUUAAAUUGAUGUUGAAGACUCCUGUAAGGUCUGGUGUCAAGUCUAGUUCAGGGUCAGAGCAAGCUACCACUAGUGCCCACCAGGGGGCAGUUAUGCAGCCUGUGGCAGAUGGCAAAACGUGUCCCAGCUUGCAAGGAGGUAUUCCUAUAGACUCACCUCAGCACUAUCUGUCAUCUGGCGCCAAUAAUACUUCUUCCAAGAGACAAGACAAACAGAUGGAGGCCAGAGCACAGAUAGCAGCACCCAGUAAAAAUGAAGAAGCCAAAGCCUGGAAGAAGACUCCAGACAGCUCAGAGUCUUAUGUUCUGUCCAGGGGUGUGUCACCUGAGUCAGCCGGUGUCACAUUAGAAAAUCCCAGAGGCUCAAAUGCACAGAACACCAAUGCUAAGAUGAGGAACAGUCUAAGCACCAAACAUGUGGUUACUUCCAAGCUCAAUGCAAACGCGGGCCUUGUUGAGCAACCGACUGUGGCAGACUCCUCUGUAGGGUUGGCCCCAAGAGGUGGUGUUAGUUGGGAUGGUAUUAAUUGGGUCCCUAUUGAGCCCGAAGUGAUGACUAACACCGUUGCCAUGUCUGAGCCACAGUUAAAUGCCACUAUGUCCCAAAGGGGUGCAGAUAGAUCUACAUCCCCAGAAAACACCAGCAAGUUCCCACUCCUCCUCACCAAUAAAUCCAGUGUGUAUUGGGAGGCCAUACCUCCUCUUAUCCAGGCCGUGACCGUCACUAACCUCCUGCCCACUCAGAAUGGCCAGCUUUGCGUGAAGACUUCUGCUAAGGUAGUGAAGGAACAUGAGGCUGUGACCAAUGCCCUGCCCUUCCAGGAUAGCCUGCCUAAUGUGAAACCUUCUGCCAAGGCAACAAUGGCUCCUGUAAUCAAGGCCCUUUCUAUCCAGAAUAACCAUCCCAGUGUGGAGCCUUCUGUCAAGGAAAUAAAAUCACCUGCAAUCAAGCCCCUGACCAUCCAAGACAACCUGCCCAGUGUGAAGCCUUCUGCCAAGGCAACAAACGCACAGAAUAUUAUGAGGGUGGUCUGUAUCCCAGAGGUGACUGGUGUUGGUUCUAUAAUAACAACCACUCCCAUGUUCAGCUUGUCUGAGGCCUGUCCAAGUAAAAGUGGCAAAGUCCAGUGCUUCCUCAAGACCAAAUGUGGUGAACAGGAAGGUAAUGAUAUCCUACCAAUAGCGAAAGGGUCUUACCGUGGAUUAGAGCAAAGACGAAGCAAGGACUACAGCAGGAGGGCGUCUCUUUCCUACAACAUCCCGCACCAUCUCAACCAAUUCAGGACCGAUUCAGAGAGGCUUAAUUCUAAAGAGGUCACCAAGAGGAGAACCAUGCACAGCAGGAAUAGCCAGCAUUGGCCAAACCAACAGAUGCCAGAGUUGGAGCGAUUCAAACCCAGGAAUAUCACCAGGAGGAAGGACGCAAUUUCUUGUGAUCACCUGCAGAAAAUGCCCAGCCAGCCGAUUCCAGACCCAGAUAAAGUCCCUCCGCUCAAACUCAAAGCAGUUCCACCACUGAAGGGCUCCAUCUUAUAUAAAGAGAACAAGAAGCAGAACCUGCACCACUGGAUGCCGGUCCACACCAUGAAAACGGAGGACCUGGGGGAGUUCCUGGACUCACUAGGCAUUUCCAAUGUUGAAGACCAAGAAAACAUGGUGUCUGACGAACCACUGACCGAUUCAGAGUGUGAUGUCUUCAAAGAAGUCUUUGCUAAGUUUGCCAAAAACAGCAAUGGCUGUAUUGAUGCAAAGAGCCUGGCAUGUACACUGGACAGGGUGGGGGUCUCUAUCAGCCCAGAGGAGGUGCAGAAAGCCAUGCAGGCGGCUGACUACGAUGAGGAUGGAGAGGUGGGCUUCCAAGAUUUCCUGCGUGUUUUGACAGAUAGUCAGCUCUUCUCCAAGUGUGUCAAAGCUGAAGGAGUGGACUCGUCGCAGUUUGUUGAGCUGUGGGAGAGAGUGUUUUACAAAGCCUUGAACCAGAUGCUGGAGUCUGGUACCCUGUCCUGUAGUAUUACAGGAGAGCUAGUACGGUACUACCAUAGGAAAACCCUGGGGCUAAUCCGGAGGUCUGUUCGGCUAGGCGAGCAGGAAGAUGGCCGCAUUCUCAACUACUACACCAAGGGAGUUCAUCUCAUAGGCCUGAAGAGGAAGCAACUCCUCAAGUACAUCCAGCCACUGCCUCAGAUAGCACAUGAGAUGAUUGCUCAGAAUCAGAAGAGAACCAGCCCGUACUCGAAACGCCCCAGCCUGUACGUGGAUUACUACUCCUCUAAUUCCCAGCGGGCGUUUCUGAGGGUCAAGAAGUGCCACGUUAAGACUGCCAAGACCUGGAAGCCCACUGAGAUCAUGGAUUGCUUCCGACAACUGCCUGUCAGUCACACUGGUAUGGAAGCCGAGGAGAUGAUCACGCCUGUGAAGAUCAAAGUGAACAUGACCAUCAAGGAGAGGAACCAACUGACGUACAAUGAGAUCAACAAGAUCACACAGAUGUCUAAGUCAGGUCUGAAGGGAUACCUUGAGGCCUUGACCCAGCUAAAGCGCAGGGACGCAUGGAACCUUUGGGUUUCGCUGCAAUAUUUAGUCCACAACCAGAAGGACUUCUUCCAGACCUUCACUACCUACUCAUGGUCCUGGAGCGGCUGCUGCAACACGACAGGGAUUAGAGACCUGGAUGCUCUCUAUAGGUCCUCCCCAAGCCUCUCGCGUAGCCAACUGCCAGAGCCCACCGACAUUAAGCAGCUCACCUCGUCCAAUCAGUGCGGCUAAAAAGUAUAAUCUGAUACCUUGGCAUUUACUGUUACCCCUCACUGAAGCCCAGGAGAAAUGGAGGACAGGCAGAAAUGAACCGACACCCCAGAAUAAAAAAAAAGC